CGUUCCUCACACCCCUGCAUGGGCGCAGUGGAUUUUGUAUUCCGCGCUGUUUUCCUUGUCAGAUAUUGACCUCCAGAGCCGAUCAGCUGGAGUGGCAUUCUAUAUUUUGUCAGUAGUAAUAAACUAAAUCAUUUUCCUCUCGGUCCACGUUCGCGGUUGGAAAAUGCGCUGUGAUAUUUGUUGUUGGGUCGCAUUCGGGGCUGUCGCGUUGCCAACGUAGAGCAUGUAAAUUCGUCAAGAGUGCAAUCGGGGCCUAAAGGAGCACAUAGCCGCAACAUGGUCACUUUAAUUAAGAACCAGAUCUUUAAACAUCUCUCAAGGUUCACAAAGAAUCUGUCUCCGGACCGCAUCAACCUGAGCACCCUGAAGGGCGAGGGCGAGCUGAGCAACCUAGAGUUGGACGAGAACGUCCUCACCGACCUGCUGGAACUGCCCAGUUGGCUGCGGCUCACGAGUGCCUGGUGCAACCGCGUCUGCUUCCGCAUCCAAUGGACGAACAUCAAAACCGUGCCCAUAGUCUUGCGACUGGACGAGGUGCAAGUAGUUGUAGAGACAUGUCCGGAUCUGCGUUCCAUGUCUGCGAAUCAGGGGCUGUCGUCGAUGUCCAGUGGCCGCUACAGUUUCAUCCACAAAGUGAUAGACGGCAUGACCGUCACCGUGAACGCUGUGCUGGUCACAUUCAAGAGCCCGGCGUUUGUGGCCUCUGUUCAGGUUUCCAGGAUAGUUGCAGAAUCAAAAACUCCGACCUGGAAGCGGAAUGACCUGAGAAUGACCAGAGUAAAAGACUCGGUUCGCGGCGAAAUUUUACUUUUCAAAGAGGUGGAGUGGCAAACGGUUAGAAUAGAGGCCAAGUCAACGGAAAAUCCGUCUCUCACUCCUCUUCGUCUCCUUACUAAUCAGGCUAGAUGUCGAAUUACGAUUAAAAAACGACUGUCAGACUGUUUUGUCUUGGGAUCUCGUCUUGUUUUGAUUCUGGAGGACCUUCUGUGGGUGCUCACUGACUCGCAACUCAGAGCGGCGCUCUAUUUUGUUGAGUCGCUCGCCGGUCUGGUGCAAAAAGCAACAGACAUCACUAGAAAACGGAAGGCAGCUAGGAAAAUCGAGAUGCUGCCAGAGUACCAGGCAUGGGUGUCGCAGCAAGCUCGCCAGCAGAACACAAAGAAAAGUGCCAUCAGCAAGGUGUUCAGCCAGUGCGACGUGAUCGAAACGUCAUUCCACUUUCUCUCGGAGCAAAUCGACCUGCACCUGUGCGACGACGAGGGUGACGGCAGGUCAAGCCACCCUCACUUAAAGGACGGCGGUGCCUUCCAGAUCCGGCUGCACCAUUUCAAGGUGGACUUCUACCCCUACCACUUAUCUCUGAGCGACCGCAAGCACUGGCCCAGCUACGAGGAGGACAUCCAUGCUCAGUGGCUGGAGCAGGCGCUCACCAGCUUCAAGGCCACUUUUAUGGAGGCCAUGGACGCUGGGACCAACUCGCACACACCCCUUUCCAGGGCUGAGCCGCACAUGGAUGACCUUCGCUCGCCGGGUUCCAAGGGUCCCGACUUCCAGAAUGCCAACGGCCAGCACAACGCCGUGAAAAACUAUAUCACCAGCCACCUGGCCAAACUGAUGUCCUCGUGCGUGGUGUUGCGCCUGGAGGACGUUACGCUGUUCAAGGUAUCGACCACGUCGAGGAAGCAGGCCCCGAAGGAAUUCCUCUCCACUCGCAGGAAAAAGAAGAGAAACAUUAAGCCAGGUGACAAAGAGCUGUACAAGUUGCCAGAGGAGAUGUCACUCAUCCAUGCAGAGUUCACCUACUUUUAUUACCCUGAUGACAUCCCCUUCCCACUGCCUCCACCUCAGUUCUACGUCUACUGCAAUCCUGUUCAAAUCCACUUUGAUAUGCUCACCGUAUUGUGGCUCCAGUCGUUCGGUCUUUACUUGCUGAGAACCCUCAGUGCUCUGACCGAAAACGCUUCUGCAAAUACGAACACUAACGAUCUCUUUAACAUUGAUGUUCGAAUGGAAGCGAUCAUGCCACGGAUAAUCAUGAGUGAGAGCUCUGCUCACGAGGGAGUGACUUCUUCCAGAAUGCAAAGAGACCGUCCACAGUUUCUCCAGCUGCAGACCUCAAAGAUAACCGUGACAAACAUCAGGUCGAGAACGGUCGGCUCUCGAGCCGACUUGGCCACAUGUCUGAACGAUCUCCAGCAGGGUGAACUGUUCUUCAACUCUGGCUUUCCCACCAAAGAGGGAGACAAGUCUGCCGUGGUUGAACGAUUGCUGCGGCAUGUCAAUGCGAGUGACAACCUACGUCGCCAAGCCGACCUGUCCAGCCUGACAAUGGAGGAGGUGAUGCAAGGACUGAGUCGGGAGCUCUUCUGGGUGGACGCCAAGGACAUCUGGUUCGUGCAGCUGGACCCAGCGUGGGUUGAGUUCACUGGGAUGAAGUCGACAGCGCGGCCGGUGCCGCUUCUGGACGCAGUGCCAGUCACGGUGUGGCUGUGCCUGAUCGACCAGAAGCACAUCCACGCCGUGACGCACAUUCCUAGCCUGGUGAGCGUGCAGCUGAAUCACUACCAGUUCCUAUUCAUCUCGCGGCUGCUGGACGACAUCUCCGAGCUGACCACCUUCCUGCAGAUGGACUCGAAGAAGAUCACUGGCGAGGAGGGCGGCUGCAUUUGCGUCGGCACGGCUUUACCACAGGUUGAGGUGACAUUCGUGAUGCCGGCGCACUGCCACGCCAAGGAGUCGUUCGACUUGGACUCAGUCAUCCCAGACAGCUCGAGUUUGGCCGACAUCCCCAACAUUCCCAUCACACCGCCGAAAAGCGCUUACGAGCCCAAAGAAACAGACUCGGACAUAGUGCACGGCGACCAGGUCUUCUUUGAAGAGACGAGUUUUAUUCCUGAAAAUGCAGUGGGGGCCGCCGAGCCGCUGCCUCCCGAGACCCCCUCGUUCAAGAGCAACUUCAGCACCUUCUCUAAGGGCCUGGCCAGCGGCUUCUCCACGCUGAUCACCUCGUUUGAUGCGACCAAGGGCGCUGAGGACGGCCUGGACAACAUGUCGGUCCGCAGCGAUGGCAGCUCGGACAGCGAGCGUUUCGUCGUCGUAAAUUUGGAGCAGCAGAACCGCACAGACAUCCUCAACGCCAUGUUUGUUAUCCCUGCGUCAAACAGGGCUGCCAGGCCGAUGGUCGACGAGGCCAGUGAGGUUUUGGAGGAGGCGGACGACGCCUCUCUGCACUCGGAAAUGAGCAUUUUACGCCGCUCUGACCCGGUAAAACUUCCGGCCUUGCAAGGAAUCUCGCCCCUUUUUCGUUAUAUCAGCGUGACUACUGUGAAGCUGAGUCGAGUGGAGGCGAUCUACCAGUCACAAGGGUUCAAGUCCUGCCUCAGGCUGCAGUGCUCCGGAAUUUCAUCUGAGGAAUGCGGAAGUAUUCCUUGGGACGAGUUUCAGAGUAAAUUCUCUUCGCGCACCCGAGCAUGGUGCGACGAGCGAGAUUUGGCGCGGCGUUGCAGCAUCAAGGCUCGCCUGGACAGGGCGCCUGACACAGACCCUGAGCCUGGAACCUUUGACACCACCAACAUGGCGAGCAUCAUUCGACAGCUCUUUACGGAACACCUCGCCGCCGAAAUCGCCAAUGUGAAUCUCUCCAUGUCCAUGGUUUCCGUGUCUGGACUGGCGGAUCUCUUGGACGAUGAAAUCAUGCCAAAGCCCGUUCCCAUGGAGGUGGUGCUGGAAAACGUGCAGAUGCACCUGAGCGAAGACAGGUCUGCAGUGAGCCAGCUGGCCGGUUCGGCCAGCAACAUGCCAAUCAACGUGUGCAUAUCAAAACUGAAGGUGUCGCGGACAGCGUCAGGCGCGUUCUUCAUCGAGCCGGCCGGGGGCAGUGCGGCGGGGGCGGGCAUCUCGGUCAGCCCGACGAGCAGCCAGUUCGAGGUGGAGGUGGCCCGGCGAAAGGCUGCUGAGCUCACGAGGGAGAACGAGGAGCUGCGCAGAAGACUGCUGGCCGCCGAGCGCCUCUUCACCGAAGAGAAGCAGAGGCUCGGCGCCAAGAUUGACGAGCUGCACGGCGAGCGAAUGGCGCUCGAGGUGUCGCUGCGAAAGAUGAACCUGACGCAGGCGGCUGCCCAGAUGGCCAACCAGUCGGCCCCCGCCCCCACCCCCACCGCCCCCAAGGUUGCCCAGCAGACGCCCCUCAAGAGAUAGCAGUGCUGCUUUGGCUGUACAGAGGCGCAGAGCUAAUUUUUCUUAUUGCAUUUUUUAUUUUUGACACGUUUUUAGUUUUUCUAUGCCGAUAUUUUGUUUUCGAUAAGAUUUUUUGUAUUAGUUUUAUGAUAGGUUCGUGCUUAUUUAGCAGGAUGGAAUGCAGGAAAACUUGAUUUUAUUUGGUUUAAAAUUGCUCUUGAACAGCGUCUUUCAGAAUACAGCUUAAAUCCAAUGGAUUUUUAUAAAAUUGAUGGAAGGUUACAGAAACAAAUGAAUUAUUUAGUUUCAUCACAGAUGAAUUUUCUUGUUAAUUGUACGAUUAUCGCCAGUUUUACUACAUAAUCAAUUAUAACGUAUUUAACCAGUUGCAAAAGCCUUUAGUGUCUGAAGCAGCUAAUAGAUGGCGCCAGCGGUUACUUUAGAUUUUAACACACUCAUCGCUGCCACUGUCAAAAAUUGGCCCAGCGCCAGUCGACGUAGAAACGUGUAAAAUAAAUUUGCACAAAAAAAAUAUUUGCUGGAGUCAUAGAGUACUCAUUUGGACAAAUUCUGAUUCGUUCAGACAAAUUCUGGAUCAUCUAUUUCAGAAAAUUACACACUAUGCUCUAUAAAAAUAUAUUUGAACAAAAUUAAACUUUCCAAAUUUUUCGCAUCGCUUACUCAAUUUCUGAAGAAACCUUCGCUGUUCAAGAACAAUUUUAGAAAACAGAAUCAUUAAAAUCCGAAGUUGUGAAGCAUUCACGUCCUAACACCGUAACACCCAUUGUGUUUGAGCAAAGCAAUAUUUUUCAUCGUGAUUCAAUUACUUGUCCGUGUAUGAAAAGCAUUAUAAAAAUUAUAUUAUUUCGAAAGCUAAUAAUUUUGUGGUUGUUACAACUCAAAUACUAAGGUGAAAUCACUCCUAUAUAUAUUUUAAUUCAAUCUUGCUCAAUUUUGUUGGAUUGUAAACCACAUUGGAUUGAUAUAAUUGUAACCAAACUUUUGAAUUCAUCCACUCUAGUCUCGUGUAAGCGGUUGAAAUCGAGGUGACACCCAGUAAAAUAGCUUUCUCAAAAUCAAAAAUAAAUUCCAGUAACCAUAGCAGCGUUCAUGAUUGAAUAAUAAAAUCGGUUUUCUCAAAAACACACUGUUAUAGCGGAAAAUUAUCCAAAUAAAUAAUUAUAUCCGAAUAAAUGUGCUUAUAAAUAUACAAAAACUUAAUGGAAUCCUAUUGUUGCAUUAACCUGUGAUCUUCAACAAACAGACUAUUUGAUUAAUUAAUUAUUUGCAUGAUAUUAAAAGACUAGAAAGCUGUUUAUCUGGUCUUUCAGUGUUUUUGAGUGAAAGCUGGUGUUCGAAGUUUGUACAUUUCCCUAAAUAUAAUUGUUGCCUUGCACUUUCUGUCUCUUUGACUUUUGCCACCAGAGAAAAAAUUAUAUCAUAAAAACCUGAAAUUCUGUGAAUUCUGAAUCGUUAUAAAAUACUAUCAUGUAAGUCGAUUUCCAAUAUUUUUUCUACUGAAUAGUUUAAUUGAUUCGUUUUAGCUUCAAUUUGACAGUUUUGUGUCAAAGUGGACACUGACCGAUAAAUUAAAAGAUAUUUCUGGCAGUUUCUGGAAUGAUGUCAAUGUUCAAACAACACAUCAUGGACAGUUAAUUUAUAUAUAUCUUAUUAUGAAUAAUUCGGUUGCCAACGUCCUGUAACUUUAAUAUACAAGUGGAACAAAUAAAACUAUAUUAUGAUUGUUAA